AUGAAUCUCUUCAAAAGAGACGAAAUACCAUGUGUACCUGAUUUACCGCGUUAUGCAGGCAACUAUCGCGGCGAAAAGAACGGGUUCAAGUGGUGGGAGAUUCGAGACCCAACCCAAGAGCCAUUCAAUAGCAUCCUUGACAAAGUCCGACAAAGUCUAGAUUGUUGCCGCUCGAUUCCGCCUUCAGCUCUCCUCCUCAUUGACAUCUUCAUACGCGGCACAAGUCUCGAAUCCUGUGUUCUCUGUGUAAUGCUCGCAGGCGCUACAAAGCGACAUAGGAAAGCGGCUAUUCGAGGCCUGAGACGAAGCAAACCGCUGCAGCAAUAUUCAGGACUCAAAAUGGACCACUGGGAUUGGCCUCCUCAUGCACCCAACAUCGUACUCAUGGGAGGCAACACAGGGCCGGAGAAUGCGACUAUUGUCUAUAGCCACAGGCUGUUUGAUAUUUCGCUUUCGACCUCAGUCAAGACUGAAGACUCAACUGAGGCUCCUGGUAAUUAUAAGUACAUCAUUGUGGCAAGAAAUAAUACCGAUGCGACCAGCCGAACCGGUAUCGUCUCGUGCGCUGUUCAUACUGGAGGUACCUACUACUUGCUCACCCCAGCACACAUUUUCACACCUUCUACCGCAAACGACACGGGUGAGCAGAUACAGCUUCACAAUUCGGACUCUAUUACGGAUUCCAGCUCAGAUUCGGAGUUUCUGCGUCAAGCUAGCUCAACUCCUUCAGACAUUCGUCGCGCAAUCUCGCCAUCAACAACAUCCGAAUCUAUAUCGCAGGAGUUGGAGCAGGAUGCUUCGCCUGUCCAACAUGGAGUCAAUGAAGAGGAGCAAAGUCCUAAUAUUCUACCUAUUUGGCCCAUCUCGGAUGAAAUUCGACUCUUCUCUCCAGAGCUUGACUAUGCCCUUCUUCGUUCAGCAUUCAGGUUCCCGAAUAUUGUGUUUGAGCUACCGCAGCUCACAUCAGAUACAAUUAUGCCCAUCAAAAUGGAACCGACGUUGGUUCAAGUUCAAACUUUGUCUUCUGGAACCAUGGCUGGUUCUAUCGACGGGAGGGCAACAUACAUGAAGCUGCCGUAUAGCAACAAGUUUACAACAUUGUAUCCCAUCAGCCUGCUCGGGACAGUGAAGGAGGGAGACUGUGGCUCGCCCGUACUCGACCCUAAAACGAAGAAGAUCUACGGCUUUAUUACAGCAGCCAGCACAGAAGGGAGAGUGGCGUACAUGAUCGCCGCCAAGGCAAUACUGGACGACAUUGACAACAGAGUCGGUACCGUAGUCUCUGCUUUUGACGCGGCCAAAAUGCACAGUCAAAUACCUUUACGACCAUUUAUCUUAGAUCCCGACAUGCCUUGGAUGUCACCCGGACUGUUUUCUGCAUGGAAUCCAUCAGAUACUGCAUCUCACAAUGCUAUUCUGCCACCAAAUCUAGAAACGCCACCCAGCACGGCUCAAAAGCAAAAGAGACGCCGGGAUGAUAGUGGUGGCAAUUCCGGGGACACUGGUGAAACGAUGCUUACCAAAAGACAACACAAAUCAGAGAGCCUGGGUGAUGAUAACGGCGAGGGCCCGUCUAGGGCUAAAGACAAUCAUGAUAUCCUGGCUUGCCCAUUUUAUAAACGAGAUCCACUGAAGUAUUCGGCAUGCUCGCAAUUGAUACUAAGGGAGGUAUCUCGGGUGAAACAGCAUUUAUGGCGUUCGCAUCAAGUUCCCAUCCACUGUGUCCUUUGUAACAAGACAUUCAGCAGCGAAAUUGAGAGAGAUGAGCACAUAAGACAACGGUCACACUGCAAAGAAAAAGAACCUAAAAUUUGGGUUGGAGUAACCACUGAGCAGAAGGUGCUGUUGCGCAGGAGGGUAGACGUGGGCAAGCCCAAAUCAGAGCAGUGGUAUCAGAUGUACGCUGUGCUCUUUCCCGGAGAGCCUCUGCCGGAGAAUCCGUAUUCACAAAUCCGUCUUACAAGUUUCGAAGUUGUUGCCUUGGGAGAAUGGGUUACACAGGAGUGGCCGUCCAUAUUUGAAUCGAAUCUUAGAUUGAGAUUCCCAGACAUUACACAAGCAGAAGGGCAAGCGAUUGAGCAGUUUUCAAGUAACCUCUUGAACGAGGCGAUUGGAGCUAUCUUUGAUAAAUUGAGAGCCCACACGUCGUAUGACUCUGGAUAUGGCUCAAUCGCGUCCGGUUUUGCAUCUACAAGAUCCGUUUUGCCAUCUGUAAAGAUGUCAGACACAAAUUCCGCAGCCCGGUUCACAGAGAAUGAUCAGAUCCGGACAGCAGUCGCCCCGCCGCCUAGUGCACUGGAGAGUGCAUGGGUUGAACCUUUUGAUUCAUCUGAGAUUGAAGCAUAUACAACUGCAACGGGUGAGUGGGUAAAUACACUCUUUGAUGUGUUAGAGGAUGAGCCGUAG